GUUUUACUGGGACCUCAUCAUGCUGCUCCUGAUGGUGGGCAAUUUGAUCAUCCUGCCCGUGGGCAUCACCUUCUUCAAGGAUGAGAACACCCCUCCCUGGAUCGUUUUCAACGUGCUGUCGGACACUUUCUUCUUGGCUGACCUGGUGCUGAACUUCCGGACAGGCAUCGUGGUGGAGGACAACACGGAGAUCAUCCUCGACCCUCACACCAUCAAGAUGAAGUACUUGAAGAGCUGGUUCCUGGUGGACUUCAUCUCCUCCAUCCCUGUUGACUACAUUUUCCUCAUUGUUGACCUGGAGACCCAGGUGGACUCUGACGUCUACAAGACGGCGCGGGCGCUGCGCAUCGUGCGCUUCACCAAGAUCCUCAGCCUGCUGCGCCUGCUGCGCCUCUCGCGCCUCAUCCGCUACAUCCACCAGUGGGAGGAGAUCUUCCACAUGACGUACGACCUGGCCAGCGCCGUGGUGAGGAUCUUCAACCUCAUCGGGAUGAUGCUGCUGCUGUGCCACUGGGAUGGCUGCCUCCAGUUCCUGGUGCCCAUGCUGCAGGACUUCCCUGAGGACUGCUGGGUCUCCAAGAACCACAUGGUGAACGACUCGUGGGGCAAGCAGUACUCGCACGCCCUGUUCAAGGCCAUGAGCCACAUGCUGUGCAUCGGCUACGGGCAGCAGGCGCCCGAGGGCAUGACCGACGUGUGGCUCACCAUGCUCAGCAUGAUCGUGGGGGCCACCUGCUACGCCAUGUUCAUCGGCCACGCCACCGCCCUCAUCCAGUCCCUGGACUCGUCCCGCCGCCAGUACCAGGAGAAGUACAAGCAAGUGGAGCAGUACAUGUCAUUCCACAAGCUGCCCGGGGACACGCGCCAGCGCAUCCACGAGUACUACGAGCACCGCUACCAGGGCAAGAUGUUUGAUGAGGAGAACAUCCUGGGGGAGCUCAGUGAGCCGCUCAAAGAGGAAAUCAUCAACUUCAACUGCCGCAACCUGGUGGCCAACAUGCCCCUGUUUGCCAACGCCGACCCCAACUUUGUGACAGCCAUGCUGACCAAGCUGCGCUUCGAGGUCUUCCAGCCUGGCGACUUCAUCAUCCGUGAGGGCACCGUGGGCAAAAAGAUGUACUUCAUCCAGCACGGCGUGGUCAGCAUCCUCACCAAGGGCAACAAGGAGACCAAGCUGUCUGAUGGCUCCUACUUUGGGGAGAUCUGCCUGCUGACGCGGGGCAGGCGCACGGCCAGCGUCAGAGCCGACACCUACUGCCGCCUCUACUCCCUGGCCGUGGACAACUUCAACGAGGUGCUGGAGGAGUACCCCAUGAUGAGGAGAGCCUUCGAGACCGUGGCCAUGGACCGCCUGGACCGCAUUGGCAAGAAGAACUCCAUCCUGCUCCGCAAGCGAGCCGAGCACAGCUCGGGCCCCCUGAACACCGAGAUGAUCCAGCAGAUCGUGAAGCACGACCAGGACAUGGCCCACAACAUCCAGGACCUGCAGCAGAUGGCCUCCCUCCCGCAAGGGCUCCGUGGCCUUCAGCCCCGAGGUGGAAACGGCGAAGCCCAAACUCCCGUCCAACAUGUGAGUCCUGUUGGCGGCCGCACGGGCAGGAGGGAGCCGGGAGAAGCAGAGCAUCAGCCCCGCCGGCUCGGAGGGAAAAUGAGGUGAGAGGCGGCAGCCGGGGCCAUGGAGGGGCUGUUUCAGGCACGGGGACACGGCAGGGAUGGGCGUGGGGACAGCUGGAUGAGGAGGGGGCUCUGCUGACUGCCUCUCCUUGCUCAUCACCGUCUGUGAGUUCUGCCCUCCUGCCGGAGGCAUAGGACAGGUCAGAUUGCCCAAACUCUGGCCUCUCUGGGGAGCUCAGCUCCCCAAAACUGCCCCUCGGGGGCUGGGCCCCCCACGCUCUGUGCCGUGUGUCCCACAGCCUGUCCUCGGGGCCAGGCUGACGCUGGCAGCUCCUCCAGCUUGUCCUCUGUCACAGCAGGGGCUGCCCGAUGCCCACCUCGGUCCCCAGACUGUUCUGCCCAGCCCCUGCCCAGCCCCUUUGCCUUCAGGGAGAGGAGGCAGAGGCACCCCCUGGUUCCUCUGCCAGGGUGGAGGGAGGAGGCUGGAGCCCAUGGCAGGGGCAUGGGGGCCCAGGGGCAGCGCUCCCCCUUCCCAGAGUGCCAGGACCACCUGGGGGUCCUGGGCAGGGCUCCCCUGGUGUGACGAGUGCCAAGGGGCAGCGCUGGGGGGGGCAGAGGAGCAGCCCCCCAGUCCCUGUCCCCUGCUUGUGGGACCGUUUUGCCUCAGAGGUGCUGAGUGCCAGCGAGGUUGGGAUGUGCUGCUGGGCAGGGCUCUGCCCCACACCCGGGCACUGCCCAUCCACAUGCCCCCAUGGGGGCAGCCUGGGGGGAUUCUGCUGCCUGCAGCUCCAGGAGGAUGCUCAGAGGGUCAGUCCAAGGGAUCCCUUUGUGGCCCUGGGAUGAUGUCCAGAAGAUCAUUUGGGAUGACCCUCCUGUGGCUGCAGGAGGAUGCUCAGAGGGUCAGUCCAAGGGGAACCCUUUGUGGCCCUGGGAUGAUGUCCAGAAGAUCAUUUGGGUGACCUUCCUGUGGCUCUAGGAGGAUGCUCAGAGGGUCACUGCAGGGCCCCCACUGCCUGAGGCUCCAGGAGGAUGCCCAGCCCGGGCUCUGCUGCCCUGCCCUGCCCUGCAGUCCCAUUUCCAGGUGCCCCUGGAGAUGCCACUCACCGGUGCCACAGGAGCUGUCACAAAGAGAUGCCAAUCCCUGGGUGACGUGUGGGGCUGUGGGGUCACCCCCCCAUCCAACAGAUGUCCCAAAUCCCCCCUCCCCAGAGACAGUAGUGUGCAAUGUGUGUGCGAGUCGUGGCUCUGCCAAGCAGCCGAGCUCUGCUUCCAGUGUCGCUUUGGGCCAGCCGUGUUCAGUCCUGGUUAGAGUAGUGUCCCCUCUGUCCCCACCGCGCUGCGCCAGCUGCUUCCCUCUCCCGGAGUCAGGAACCGUGGCUUGCCUUCGGGCGAGGUCUCGUUCCCCUCGGUAAUUCCCGAAGUGAGAGAUCCCGUUCUCCACCCUCGUGUUUUGGGGCGUGGGGAGCACUCCGGAGCGCGGGGCUGCUCCGGGAGCACCAGCCCAGCAGGAAUCCCGGCAGGGGAUGUCCUACACUGCCUUUUUUUCUCUCUCCAUGGAUUUCAAUCCCCCUGCCCUGCUCACCCGCUCCAUCCCCGCGCUCCGCCGGGCGGGGAAGCUGCAGCGGGGCCGCGCUGUCCCGAAUCCCCCGGGCUGUGUUCACACUGCGUGAUGUUGGAUGUCUUAGCGCUCCUGGCACGGCCGCCCUGGGCACCUCGUGGCCCGGUGCCCACCCCGGGGGAGGCUGCAGGGGCUGGGGGCGCGAGUUUAGCCACCAAAGACCAUGACCCUCCACUCUUGCACUCACGGCAGUCCAUGUACAGAGCUUGUAGUUUUCAUAUUCGCAGAGAAAUUUAAGAGCAGUUUUUUUAUUUUUUGGUCGUUGUACAUAAUGGGUUUAAAUAAUAAAGAGAGAUUCUGAGCUGG